CUGAAUGUAAACUUAUUUCAGAAGACAUGAUUCCCUUUAUAUCCCCAAAAUGGCAUACAACAAUUUGGAACGCGGUGCUGCUACCUGCCAUUAAAUAACCGACUUUGACAAAGUCAAUAAAUAAAUAAAGAUGAUUUUUGUUUUGUAAACGCUGUUGUGAAAGAAAACUAUGACGUGAAUGAAUCUGUGUUCACAAUCUCCGCCUUCAUUACAAACAAGAGUGCGCUGAAAGUUCAGAUCUUCAGCCCAAACACAAAGAUGUUUCUUGAGUCGGUUCUGUUGGCGUGUCUGAUCGCUUUUCCUCUCAUUCUUAAGCUGAUUUUCCCGUUUUUCUGGACGGACUUUCUCUAUCACAUAGAGUUGCUACGGAUUUUAAUCAAGUUUGUUUCCCGCAGUCGUCGGCGACCCCCGUUUCUCGCGCUGGACAGAUUUCUAGAACAAGUCAAAACGCGACCGAACAAAACGUUUAUCGUGUUCGAGAAUAAACCUUACUCGUUUAAAGACGCGGACAAAGAGAGCAAUAAAAUAGCAAACGCGUUACGGGCCGUGUCGGUUCUGAGAUCCGGAGACCCGGUGGUUCUGUUCAUGCUGAACGAGCCCGCGUUCAUCUUCUGCUGGCUCGCGUUGGCGAAGCUCGGUUGCGCAUGCGCACUGCUCAAUACGAGCAUCAGAGCGAGGAGUUUAAUCUCGAACUUCAGAUGCUGUCGUGGCGCCAAAGUUCUGAUCGCGUCAGCAGAGUUGCAGGCAGCUGUUGAGGAGGUUUGUGAAGACCUCCAGCAGGAUGAUGUGAUGAUAUUUAUAAUGAGUGAAGAGCUCAGAUCAUCAUCAUCAUCAUCACGUGUGAAGAGUCUGAGUGUGCUGGAGUCCUCAGAUUCAGAUGUUCCUCAAUCAUACAGAGCAAACGUGUCCUUCACUUCCCCUGCGGUCUACAUAUACACAUCUGGAACCACAGGUCUUCCUAAAGCUGCUGUGAUCAAUCAAACCCGUCUGCUCGCGGCUCUGGCCGUGUUGGCGUCCAAUGGCGUAACAGAACGUGAUGUCAUUUAUGUGACUCUUCCACUGUAUCACACCGCAGGCUUCCUCAUUGGUUUCCUGGGCUCUGUUGAGACAGGUUCAACUAUCAUUUUGCGACACAAGUUUUCCGCAUCUCGGUUUUGGGACGAGUGUCGGCUGUAUAACGUGACUGUGAUUCAGUAUAUCGGAGAGGUUCUUCGUUAUCUGUGCAACACACCAGAGAAACGUGACGAUAAAGAACACGGCGUGCGUUUGGCCAUUGGCAAUGGACUUCGCGCAGACGUGUGGAGGAAAUUUCUAAACCGAUUUGGGAAUAUUGAAGUGAGAGAGUUUUACGCCUCCACAGAGGGAAAUGUAGGUUUCGUGAACUACGCCGGACAGAUCGGAGCCGUGGGCCGUGUCAGCUAUCUGCACAGAAAACUAUUCCCGUAUAGCCUGAUUCAAUACGACACGGAGCGAGAUGAGCCGGUCAGAGACUCCAAAGGCCUGUGUGUAGAGGUGCCUAAAGGGCAGACGGGUUUGCUGGUGUCUAAGAUUACAGAAAUCGCUCCCUUUGUGGGUUAUGCAGAAAACGAGCAUCAAACUGAAAAGAAGAGGUUACGUGAUGUUUUUAAGAGCGGCGAUGUGUAUUUCAACAGCGGAGAUUUACUGAAAAUCGAUUGUGACAAUUUUAUCUACUUUCAGGAUCGAGUCGGAGACACAUUCAGGUGGAAGGGAGAGAACGUGGCCACCACUGAAGUGUCUGACAUCAUCGGUUUCCUGGACUUUGUCGAGGAGGUGAAUGUUUACGGAGUGAAAGUUCCAGGCCACGAGGGACGCAUUGGAAUGGCUGCCGUGAAAAUCAGGGAUGGCAUGGAGUUUGAACGCACCAAAAUGUUUAACCACGUCCGUAAUUUCCUGCCAGCUUAUGCGCAACCUCGUUUUAUACGAAUUCAGAGUUGUAUGGAGGUGACGCGCACAUUUAAACAAAUCAAGCUGAAGCUGGUGGAAGACGGAUUUAACCCCACUGUGACCUCUGAUUCAAUGUACUUUCUGUGUGAGAACGAGAAGACGUACGUCUCUAUAACCCCCUUCAUUUACCAGCAGAUCUUAACUGGCAGCAUUAAACUUUAAUGAUGUUAUAUUAGUUAUAUUAGUAAUGUCACAGUGUUAUUGAUUACUGGAGAGGAACACAGCACUAACAGGAAGAUGUGUUACAAAUUCAGAACUUACUGGUUAUUACUAGUUAGUUAUCAGACAAAGCUGCUUGUCCUGUUUAAACUAAACCAUCUUAACUAAUAAUCAAAGUCCACGUGUUUUGUUUACACUUUACUGGUUCUCCAUUAUUAUAAUUUUUUAUGCUAGUUUUAUACUUGAUUGCCAUUUAUUAUAAACGUUUAAGACAUUUCAUUUAUGAAUAGUUAACAACAACAAAAUGACUAGAAUCAUGUAGUAUAACUGACUAUAUAGACUGUAUAAUAAUAAAUAAUAUUACACAAUA